GGCUGCAAUGUUUCUGUCAAAACAAGACUGACGCUGUCUUGAGUGGGAAAGGCAGCUUCCCUGGAAGGGCUGCUGGGACUUACGAGGACCUCAGCUGUCAUCUUCCUUGCCUGUCAGGAAUACCCAGCCAAAAUAUAAUGAGCCGGAAUGCAAUGAGAGGUGUGGAGAAGUAACCGGCAAGUGAGGAGGACCAUGGAAAGGAGCAGCAUCAGACAGGCGGCGGCUGUGUUCCUGCCAGCCCUCUUUGUACCGCUGCUCCUGCAUCUGCUGUCUUUGCGAGGAGCACCACCUCCCAGGCGACUCAUCGUGGGAGUGUUGUCAGCAAGAGAUCAUUUGUCUGAGCGCCAAGUAAUAAGACAGACAUGGGGUUCAGCAUUGCAAGGACUGCCAGACGUAGAGAUGAAAUUUGUACUGGGAGACCAGGAUUGUGCUGUUCCCCCAGCUGAUCGAAUCUCUCCGGAUGGUUGUGAAGUGUGGCACCCGAGGAAGAGAGACUGGGAAAGUUCUAAGCUAAGACAAUUCUUCAAAAGUCAUUAUAGUCAAUACAAGAAAAAUUUUAGAAGUUUGGAUGACUGCUAUAUUGGACUUGGAUUCAGAGUUCUCCAUCCAGUCAUUGUAGAGAAAUUCUUGGUGCACAGAGAAAUUUUGAAGGAGUCAAAUAAUACGGUUGUCAUAUUUAGUGACCCAGAAGAAGUGAUUGAGCAGGUCGUAUUAUCACACAGUGUUUGCCAUGAUGAAGGUGACUUAUGCAGCAUCAAGUUAUCAUCUUUCCUACGCUUGCCUAAAGGAUUUGAGGGUGAGCUGAGGUUGUUCAGCUUGGAAGAGAAGGAAGAGCUAUGUGGAGAGGGAUUGUAUGACUUCAAUGACACAAAAAAAUGGGUUUGUGAUUGGAAUAACAGUUCAGUUUUAGAGUACAAGUUCCUUCGCACAAGAAGGAACACACUAAUACAAUGGCACAAGUCUUCCUGUCCUCUAGUAUCAGCAAAAUAUACUGUUGCAGACAAGUCAGCUCUUAAACAACACAAGGAGACCCAAGCAGAGAGAGCUGAGGAGUGGAAGCAACACUUAGCCGAUCUCCAGCUCAAGUUGGAGGAGGAACAAAACCACCACAGUGAUUUAUUGAUACUCCCACAUCUUGAUGUGUAUAAUAACUUGCCACAUAAAGUAAUGGCUUAUUUAAGCUGGACAGCAUACAAGCAAAACUCUUUCUACUUGAUGAAGGUUGAUGAUGACACCUUUGUGAAUGUGAAUUUGCUAAGUAUGCUCACUGAAGUACAAAGUGAAGAGGACCAAGCGUGGUGGUCACUCUUUCAUUAUCGCCGUUCUGUUCCUGCUUAUGGGAAAUGGGCAGACUUCACCUACCCAUCUCUUACUUACCCAACAUUUCCUGCUGGAUCAGGUUAUGUUAUGACAAAGUCUCUGGUGCAUGCUGUGGUGGAUGCACAACAUCAUUUGGUACCCCAUGGGGGUGAGGAUGUCAGUAUGGGCAUCUGGGUGUCUUCAGUGAGUGCCAGAGCAAGGCAUGUUGAAGUCCCUUGUUGGUUGCCUCAUCUUGACUGCUCAGAAAGUGUUCUUGUUCCUCAGUUAUCAGUCCAACAAAUGGUUGAAGUGUGGCAUAAUCAGACAAAUAUCAUACAAUAACAUAUAUGGAAUAUAAUGCUUCCUUUUGAUUCUAGUCAUUUAUCUUAUACAAAACAACCUAAGAAAAUAUCUAUCAACUUUAUACUGUAAUUAGGGUUCUAUCCAUAUCUGUGGUAUGGUUAACUUCAGCUGGUAGAUGGAAAAUUGAGAGUAGUAAUGUGAUGAGUGAGAACGAAGCAGGCUGGGUGUGAGAGUGAUGAAAGUGAGGAAUUGCAUUGCAAGGCUAGCAUAAUGUAUAGUAAAAAUGAGAGACCAAUUACUUGAUUGAUUCAAAAUUUAAGUGGAGUAACAUUGGUUAUAUGACACCACUACAAAAUAUAAGAAAAAUUAAGAUGGUAGGUUGGGAUAUUGACAUUGAAAAUGAAAUUAUGGCUUGGUAAAAUCAUUAAAAAUCAACAAAAAUGUGAGCACAUGUAUAAAAGGAAGAGGGAUAAAGCUGCAAAAAAAAAUUUGCUAUAAAUAUCCAGUGAGAUAGAGGGGAGAAUGGAAGUAGUGUUAUACUGGGUUGUGCUGAGGAGCUUUAUAGUGUGAGGUGAGGUGUGGUGGUGUGGUGAGGAAAAGAAAGAAAUGAGGAUAUCUAAUGAACAUUUUCUAUUUCUUUUGUGGAAGAACAAGGUUCCAGGAUAGAAAAAGAAUAAUGCUCCUGCCUUCAUAUAUCCCACUGCUAAUAUGCCAGCAGGAAAGCACCAUAAUGAAAAAGAGGUUUUAUGCUGGGAUGGAGUCAGUCUCAGGCACCCAAAAGCAUCCUGCAAAGCUACACUGCAUCUUUAACCUAUCUAUAGUUGUAGUUUCUGCAUCCCUCUUAAAAUAUGAUUUAUCUUGUGCUCAAACAUAUUUUACUAAGUUAUUUUCAUCCUUUCUCCUUAUACUAAAAUCAAUAUUAACAAGGGUGGAAUACUUGCUAACCAGGAGAUUAUUUAAAAGGUAAAAUAGAUAAAUUAUGUUUAACAUGAUUUACUUAUACUUGCUCAAAAACUCUUUCAUAAAUCUGCUUCCAUUCACAACAAUUAUGAAACUUGGUGUCCCAGCCAUCACGCAGUAUCUGGAAGAGAAGACCAUAAUUAGGUAAAAAGGUUAUAAUCAUAUACUGAAAAUUGAAAAAUCACAUUAUGCAUGCAUGUGUGUAACUACUUAGAUCCUAUGGAGAGUACACCUUAGAUUACAUUAGUUAGGUGAUUACAUGUUACAAAUAUGUAUAAGUAUGGCUGAAAUGGGUUAUGUAGUACUUAUAUCAGGUACUCCCUUCUCAAUGAAUCUCUGCCUAAUAGGAAAAUAGCUAAAUUUGAAAAAAAAAGAAAUGUCGCAAAUAGAUUUUCUUAACACUUAAAUAAAAAAAUCAGUAAGUGCAUGAAUUUACCUGAAAUGUUUUUUCUGCAUAACAUAAAAGCAAUGUAUUGUAUUUCUUUUGUGCCAAUUUCUUUAAAAUGUUCUACACAUUAAAAUUAUUUACAAUAAAAAACUAAAACUUAA